AUGGCUUGCGUUCCUGAAAGCAUUUGUGUUCAUUUAACACUGGGUGCUUGCCCAUGUGCCAAGAGCAUCAUAGCCUGUUCCUCCAACAAUCCGGUUGAGGAUGAUGAUUCAAGAGAAAAACAACAACAUCGUAGAGCUGAAGAGAUAUCACAUGCAGCAGCAGUAGUGGAAUCCCCUGAAUUGAUGCUUUGUGAUGAUCCAUGGAAGAUAAAGAAGAAGCUGACACAGAGUGAUCUUGGUUACUUGAGUAGACUCUUGAUUCCCAAAGACUUGGCUGAGGACUUAGUGCUUCCUGUGUUGACUCGUGAUGCCCAAAUGCAGGUUUAUACUGAAAACGGAACUAAAAUCUUGAUUUGGGACGUGGACACCCAAUCCUCACAUUACUUGGUUUUCAAGCUUUGGAAUUCUUCUGGAAGUUAUGUUUUCAUUGACAAUUGGACUAAAGAUUUUGUCAAAAGAAGGGGUUUGAAGAAAGGUGAUGAAAUUAAGCUUCAUUGGGAUCCAAACAAGAACUGCUUCAAUUUUUCAGUUCAUUAUUCGUCUAAUUAG